UAAUUGAAAUCGCAUUUCUUACAUUAGUUUGAGUAUAAUAUAUCAGUUUUUCUUAAUUUUUUUUUUAUCUGAAAUUUUUGGUGUUUAAUAAUUGCUUUGGAUAUUCAUUAAUUCAAAAUUAAAUCGAAUUAAAUUUCAUAAAAAAUAAAUUUUUUUUAAAUUUAUUCUUUUAUUCAUAAAAUUUAAAAUCAAAAUUAUAUUUUAAAAAAAUCAAAAUUUUCUCGCUUAAAUUAUAUUUUUCUCUUUACUUUCAUUUAUCGAAGGUCGGGGGGAGGGACAGGCACUUGCGCAGAAAAUAAAAAAGAUAAAAAGGAAAGAGAGAGAGAGAGGACAGAACAGAGAGAGAGAGAGAGAGAGAGAGAAACGAAGGUUUUAUUCAGCUUCGUUAAUGGCGGUUAGGGUUUUCUAUUGAUCCCCUCCCAAAGGAACCUUAAUCUCUCCCACCUAAUAUUUUAAGAGCCCGCUCUUUCUCUCUCUUCUCGUUUCCCAAAAACCCUAUUUCGAGGUUUCCCCUCAAUCUCUCAAUUUUAACUUCGAUUUUUUUAUCUCUACGAUUCCUCGUGGUUAUUUGGGAUUCGAAAAUUUUUGAAACCGAAGAGCGACAAGCUUGGAUGGGCGCUCAAGAGAAAUCUCCAGGCAACGCCAAUUCGAUUCAGCGAGUAAAGGUCUAUCGUUUGAAUGAUGAUGGUAAAUGGGAUGACCAAGGAACUGGGCAUGUCACUGUUGAUUAUUUGGAGAGAUCAGAAGAGCUGGCUUUGUUUGUUUUUGAUGAAGAAGACAAUGAGACAUUGCUUUUGCACCGCAUCAGCCCUGGUGGCAUUUACAGAAAGCAAGAAGAUACAAUCAUAUCGUGGAGAGACUCAGAAUAUUCUACAGAGUUAGCACUUAGUUUUCAAGAGAACACAGGAUGCUCUUACAUAUGGGACCACAUAUGUAAUGUGCAAAGAAAUAUGCAUUUCAGUUCUCUUAACAAUGAGACAUUUCACACGAUGAAUAGUGAGUUGAGGGAGUUUCCAGCUGUGGAGCUUUCCACCCUUCCCAUAAUCCUGAAGACUGUGACUGAGAAUGGCCUUGCUGAUCAGAUGCGGCUGACAGAAUUUAUAUUAAAUGAUCAAGAUUUCUUCCAGAAGCUGAUGGAGCUAUUCAGAAUCUGUGAAGACUUGGAAAAUAUAGAUGGUCUUCACAUGAUAUUCAAAAUAAUCAAGGGGAUAAUUUUGCUCAAUAGUCCUCAAGUUUUCGAGAAAAUAUUUGGGGAUGAAUUAAUCAUGGAUAUUAUUGGUUCCCUUGAAUAUGAUCCUGAUGUUCCUCAGGUGCAACACUAUCGGAAUUUUCUGAAAGAACAUGUUGUUUUUAAGGAGGCCAUUCCAAUUAAAAAUCCUAUGGUCCUCUCAAAGAUACACCAGACAUACCGAGUUGGUUAUCUGAAGGAUGUUGUUUUGGCAAGGGUAUUGGAUGAGGCCACAGUUGGCAGUCUCAGUUCUAUAGUUCAUUCAAAUAAUGCUACUGUUAUUUCUUUAUUGAAGGAUGACAGCACCUUUAUUCAGGAACUGUUUUCAAGGUUGAGAUCACCCACCGCAUCUGCUGAAUCUAAGAAAAAUUUGGUAUAUUUCCUGCACGAAUUUUGUAGUUUAAGCAAGAGCCUGCAGAUGGUGCAGCAGCUUCGACUAUUUAGGGAUCUUAUGAAUGAAGGUAUCUUUGACAUUAUCACUGAUGCUCUGCAAAGUCAAGAUAAAAAGCUUGUACUCGCUGGGACAGACAUCCUUAUACUGUUUUUGAAUCUGGAUCCAAACCUUCUGUGCUCUUAUGUUGUUCAGCAGGAAGGAAUUACACUUUUAGGACUUUUGGUUAAAGGGAUGAUAACAGAUUUUGGGGAGGAUAUGCACUGCCAGUUUCUUGAAAUUCUUCGUACUUUACUGGAUUCAUUCACAUUGUCUGGUGCUCAGAGAGAUACAAUUAUUGAUAUUUUUUAUGAGAAGCAUUUGGGCCAACUGAUUGAUGUCAUAAUAUCGUCUUGUUCUGAUGAGGCUGGCCAGUCAACCAGUAAAUUGGCAAGUAAUGUCAGAAGAGUUGAAAGUCAAAAUAGCACAAAGCCUGAAACUCUGUCAAACAUAUGUGAAUUGCUGUGCUUUUGUGUUGUGCACCAUCCUUAUAGAAUAAAGUGUAAUUUUCUUCUUAACAAUGUUAUAGACAAAGUUUUGUUACUGACACGAAGAAGGGAAAAAUACUUGGUAGUUGCUGCUGUUCGCUUUGUUCGCACUAUUCUCUCUCGUCAUGAUGAACAUCUGAUAAAUCAUGUUGUGAAGAACAACCUUCUUAAAUCAGUUGUAGAUGCUUUUGUUGCUAAUGGACAUCGAUACAAUUUGCUGAACUCCUCAAUCUUAGAACUUUUUGAAUAUAUCCGCAAGGAAAACCUGAAAUUAUUGGUUAAAUAUAUAGUUGAUUCAUUUUGGAAUCAGUUGGUUAUGUUCGAGUCAUUGGCAUCUAUUCACUCUUUGAAAGUUAAACAUGAGCAGUGCUUGGAAAAUUGUGGAACAAAAACGAAUAUUAGUGCAGUGGACCCAAGAAAACGAAUAGAUGAGCGUGCUUUGGAGAAAGAGGAGGAAGACUAUUUCGAUGAGGACAGUGAUGAAGACAAUACAACAUCUGGAUCUCAUACUCAGAAAGUACAAUCUCAGCCUGUUUUAUCCAAUGGAGUUGCUGUGAGCUACACAUCAUUAAGCCCAAGAUCUGGCAGACUAGUUGACUAUGAUGAUGAUGAGGCUGAUGAAGACUACAGACCACCUCCCAGGACAAAGAGUGAAACCUCGGAGGAGAAUGAAGGAACCAUCGAGUCCCUUGGCUUGAAGCGUAAGUUGACUGCUAAGGAAAAGGAGCCUAAGCUGGCUAAGAAGCAGCGUUUGGGUAAAAGCUCUAGAUCAAGAGAUAGUGUAUUUGCCGCUUUGUGUUCAACACUAAGCCAGGCAGUGCUGCCUAGUAAGAAAACUGCAAACGUAAUGCAUUUAUCUACUCAAUCAGCUGAGGGAAACAAAGGCUUAGGCGAGGAAAAUAAUCUAGAGAAGGAAUCUGGCAGUCCCAGAAGUUCUGAUAACAAUAGUUUAGAAGAUGACAACCAUAGAGAGAAGGAACCUCCUAAAAACUGUUCAGAUUGCUUGCAUAUACCGUCAGACAACAGGCAAAUAAGUGGAGAGGACUGUCCAUUGAUACCGCCAACAUCCUCGCCUGAAAUGGCUGUAAAUGGAUCUUAACUUAUUUGGGCGGGGGAACAUGUAUUCUUGUUUGUUUUAUUCGACUCAAGGAUGUGCUUGGUGACUAAAACAGCCUUGCGAAACCAAAGAAAAAGUGGAGUACAAAGUCAGGAAGUGGAUGAGCAUGAAACUGUGUCUUGCUUGUUGGAGGGGAUGAUCCCGUAUGUUGCAUCGGAGGGCUAGAAGAAAUGUACUUAAAAUGAUGCAGCCCCGUCAGUCUACCAGGCCUUUCUGAUGCUUUGAGCCUUGAGCCGCCCCAAUUGUUGCUUCUGUAAAACAUUUCCUUUUUGUCUAAUUUUUUCCCCACUUUUUUUUUUUUGAUCUAUUCUUGUCCUAAUUUGGCUUUAUGAACCAACUGAUAGAAUGGGCACUAAUAUUUGCCCUGCAUAGCAUGGUGUCCCUUUGUUGAGUUUUGUGGUGGGUGUGGCUGUUAUAGAGGGAGGGGAGAGGUUUAGGAAUGAUGGUGAGAAGUCCCAAAUUUUCUUAAUUGUAGCUGAGACCACUUGUAAAUUUAGAACUGGCUGUUACGCAAACUUCACUAUUAGGGCUUUGUUUUUGUUUUUCUUUCAUUAAAUCAGCAAAAAGCCAAAAUUUAUUACCAAAUUCAUGUCUAUUUU